CUCUAGUAUCCCUAUAAAUAGAUGUCAUAGUAACUGUAAUCCUCCACCCUAACCGCCCCAGCUAUAUGAGUAUGAGUAUUCCAUCCCAAACAAUUACUGGGAAGAACGAAUAGAGAAUGAUGACGAUGAACAAUAUUUGGCUUCUCCCCUUCCUGAUGAUCUUACGCCUUUCUGUGAUUGCUGUUGCUGCUCCCAGCAAUAGUACAUCUUACCAUUCUCAUUCAUCCCAACAUCAUUCGAGCCAUAUCAGCGAGUGCGAUGCCUUGCUACAGUUCAGCAAUUCAUUUACCAUCUCAAGGGAUGCAUCUGCUGAUUAUUGCGACUAUGUGGCCAAUACAUCAUAUCCAAAGACGGCCUCGUGGAAGAACAACACCGAUUGUUGCUCUUGGGAUGGAGUCAUGUGCCACAAAUCCACAAAUCACGUCAUCGCCCUUGACCUCAGCUGCAGCUGGCUCCGAGGAGCCUUCCAUUCCAACAGCACCCUCUUUUCACUCCCCACAAUUCAGAAGCUCAAUCUCGCUGGUAACGAUUUCAAUGGCUCAGAAAUUUCCCCCAGGUUCGGUAUCUUCACCGGAAUGACAAAUCUCAGUCUCUCUUAUUCUGAAUUCUCGGGGCCCAUUCCUCUUGGAGACCUUGCCCACCUCACCCACUUGGACCUCAGGUAUAACAACCUCAGCGACACGGUGUACUUUGAAAUGUUUGCAAGGUUUGAAAAUCUCCAGUUUCUUAACCUUGGAGGAAAUGAUCUUACUGUGUUGUUGCAAAGCAAUGGCAACUGUUCCUUCCCGAGGCUCAAAGUGUUGGGAUUAUCUCGUUGCAACUUAACGAAAUUCCCAUAUUUCUUGAGUUCUUCGGAUGAGCUGAUAGAAUUGGACCUUUCGGGAAACAUAAUUAGUGGUUGGAUUCCUGAGUGGUUUGGAAGAGUAAGGGGGAACGCAUUGACGCACUUGGAUCUCUCGUCCAACAAUUUCACUGGAGAGAUCCCAUCUUCAAUUUGCCAACUGAGUUCACUAACAUAUCUAUACCUCUCAAAUAACAAUCUCAGGGGCACCAUCCCAAGAUGCUUGGGAAAUUUAAGCAAUCUCUCCGGUUUGCAUUUGGGCGACAAUCUAUUACAGGGUCCACUGCCGCGAUCUUUAGCAAACUGUACAAGCUUACAGUAUUUAAUUGUCAGUUACAAUGAUAUAUAUGACACUUUCCCACACUGGCUUUUAAAUGCUACCUUCCACAGCUUGUAUACUCUAGGUUUGCAGUCAAACAAGUUUCAUGGUGUCAUUAGUGAAAUUCCCCUCUCUCCGCACCUUUCAUACUUAAGACUCUCCAACAACCAGUUUUCUGGCCCGUUUCCGAUAAACUUCUACCAAAAUUCAAGUGUUGAUUUGGUUGACUUAUCCAAUAACAAUUUUGAAGGACCACUCCCUGUUCCUCCACCCACCAUCAGAUACUAUCUCAUUCCAAACAAUAAUUUUAGUGGAAGCAUUCCUUCUCAGAUUUGCCACAACCCUCUGCUAGAAGUCCUCGAUUUGUCCAUUAACAGCUUGACUGGCUCCAUCCCUCAUUGUCUCAUAAAUCUCAAUGCAUCUCUAUCAGUAUUGGACCUUGGAACAAAUGAGCUUUUCGGUCAGAUGCCAGAUAUAUUUGUCCCAAUGACCAGCUUGAGGGUGAUCCGCAUGAGUCAAAAUCGACUUGGAGGCAAACUGCCACCAUCUUUGGCACAUUGUGACAAAUUGGAAAUUCUGGAUCUCAGUGAAAAUAAGUUUUAUGGUAGCUUCCCUAAUUGGUUAGAAACUCUUCAGAACUUGAAAAUACUUGUCCUGAGAUCCAACCAGUUCCACAGUCUGGUGGAAAGUUCCAAUAGAACUAAUCAUCCUUUCCCAGCGCUGCACAUUUUCGACCUCUCAAACAACGACUUUUACGGUCCCCUGCCUUUUAAGUACAUUGCUCACUUAAAAGCCAUGAAGGAAGAUAGAAGCCACCGUUUACAAUAUAUGGGUCAGGGAAAUGAAUACUAUCAUGAUUCCGUUGUGUUGUUCAUCAAAGGAAGUGAGUUGAUGUUCUCGAGGGUUCUGACUUUUCUUAAAACCAUUGACUUAUCAAGCAACUCCUUUGAUGGAGAGAUUUCAAUGGAAGUCGGAGAUCUGAAAGGACUCCAGGGGCUCAACUUUUCUCAUAACAACCUGAUUGGCAAUAUUCCAUAUUCUAUGGGAAAUCUAAUUAACCUCGAGUGGUUGCACCUCUCCUCGAACAAGCUCAAAGGGGAGAUCCCUAGAGGAUUGGCAGAUCUUCAGUUUCUCUCCUGGUUGGAUCUCUCAGAUAACCAGCUCGUGGGACCCAUUCCUCCAAGCAUGCAAUUCGACACGUUUCCCUCCGUUAUUUUUGGUGACAAUCCCGGAUUGUGUGGGCAUCCCCUCCCAAAAGCAUGCAGAGAGGAGAAUAAUGCACGAAAAAGGAACCCCUCAACUGGCCACGAGGAAGAAUCGAGCAAUAGUAUUGAAUGGAGGGCGGUACUGAUGGGCUAUGGAUGCGGGCUUAGCUUCGGGAUUUCAGCAUGUUACAUUAUGCUGGAAACCAUGAGACCUAGAUGGUUGGUCAGAAUGGUUGAGAGGGAGAUAGCCAGGAGAACAAGCAAGCCGAAGAAAAAUUUUGCACCGAGAAAUCAUGGAAGGAGGAGCAUCACAGGUCGAUGAGAUGGCUAGGGCGAGGCAAACAUUGGCAGAUGAACAGAUGCUUAAAUAACAGAAUUUUUCUGUUUUGUCGGUACAAUACUCUUAAUCGUAAUAUAAUGUCUGUCUUUACUCUU